AUGCAAAGGCGAAAUGAGGCUUUAGAAAAAGGUUUGUCAGAAAGCCAGAAGGAAAAGGGCGAGUUAAAGGAUAGGGUGAUUGUGUUGGAAAGAUCUCUUCGUCAGUAUCGAAGCCGAAACUCUACGAUAGAGUUGAAAGCAAGCUUGAGCAAGAUUGACGAAAUGAAGAAAAGAAUCGAAGAGCUACAAACGGUGCUGCAAAAUUGUGAAGUUCAGAUCAAGCACUUGAAAGCAAAUGAAAGUCGUAAUAAUGAACAGCUUCACCACUUUCAGAGUCAAGUUAGAAGUAGAUAUCAUCUUAUCGAGGAAGCUGUGGUCCAGAUUCAAGAAGUAGCUGAUCAUACACAGACUUUAGCAGUACAGGCUGACAUGCUGAGUGGAAAGCCCAAUGCUCACUUUGGGGAUGAUAAUGAAGACCCUAUAUAUUCCCCAGAUUUUACCUUGAUAAGUGUCCAGGCCCAACCAGACGCAUGUCCACAAGAGGCACUCUUUACUAUCAGAUCCCGACAAUAUUUGACUGGUACAUCGACACCAGUAUAUCGCCUGGCAGACUCAAAAUCCAAUCCUGUUGCUCUUGACAAUUCAUCAGAAAUAAAACAGGCGAAGGUAGAGCACCCAAAUACUAUAAAAGCCUCAAGGAAGAAAGGGAAUAAGGGGAUAAAUGAAGGCAGAUAUAACAAGGGCCACUCAAGACCAAUCGCUGUAGGCCGGCUAAAGACAGAAACUACCAGACAUCAAGGCCCUUUAAAGCACGGAUCUGGUGGGAAACCAGAGAAUUGCAUUGCCUUCAAAAAGCUAGUUGAAAGACUCAUCAAUAUAGGCGUUGUCAAAUUUGAUGGUUCAUCCAAUGCAGAAAAUCUGCUACCCAAUCAUAUCGAUGAUGAGGUGAAUGCAAUGUAUGAAGAAGGGUUAAGAAACGUUCACAUCAAUGCCGUGCAUGAAGACAACUAA